UCGUCCUCGCGCGCACAUCCGCCAACGGCGUCCGCGCCCGCGCCGGUCCACCGGCACGUCGAGGCGCAGGCGACGCCGUGCAACCAGAACCUCCCGCAGUGCUGCCACUGUGGCUGGCGCGGCGACCACGCGCCGACAUGUCCGUUCAAGUGA